AUGGGAAAAUCUAAAACUGGAAAAAUAGCCGCUGUGUUCACAUUAGAUUAUGGCAAGUUUGCUUUAAAAACUUUGAAGAAACAAAUCAUUUAUACGACACAAAGAUGCUGGUGGGUCUUCGAGGAAGAGUACUACAUAAUCCACAAGAUAUUACUUCCUGGAUUUUUCGUGACAACUCAAUUUUUCUUCACCCUGAGUUUCACACUGAUGCUCGUGGGGUCGUUCCUAACGGCUCUGUACACGUGUUGCUCGAGACGGCAUAACAUGUACCAGCACCUGCUCUGGGCAGUGGGCACCAACCUCGCUUUGUCGGGUUUCUGCGGGAUAAUAGCGGUGAUAAUAUUUGGAAUGUACGGCGACGGUAGGGACUGGAUGCCCAACUGGGAGCACAAUGACAUCGGUUGGUCCUUCGCACUGGGAGUUGUAGGAAGCUUCGCCAGCUUGGCUGCUGGAGUUUUGUUCCUUAUCGAGGGCAGACGUCACCGGAAGCGAAUUGAAAAAAUUUUGAUCGACGAGCCCAGAAGUAAUGUCCUGGAUUGCGGUGGUGUGCGUAUGGGAACCCAGAGAAGUUUGGCAGGAAACGCUGGAGUCGGGGUAUUUGUUGUAGCCUUGGUGUGUGUUUGUGUUGCAUUCGGGACACCUUCAUGGCUGACAAGUGAUACCCGAAUCACAGGUGCCAGGGUUGACAAGCUGGGCCUUUGGACCCACUGCUUCAGGUCUCUGGGAAAUCCCCAGGAAGCUCCUAGUGCACCAACGAGGUACUUUGUUGCAUUCAUGGUAGCGACACAGUUCUUUUUCUCAGUGUGCUUCUUUGGAGUGUUGAUAUCAUUUUUCUUGAUACUCCUGUUCACACUUUGCUGCGAUCCAGAACAAAAGAACUACGUACUAUUGAUCCAAGUUAUUGGGUACUUGUUAAUUGUCGCUGGAAUCUGCGGGUGCAUUGCCGUGAUAAUAUUCGCCUGCUUAGGCAACGGCGAGGGCUGGAUGCCAGGUCAUGAAAAUAAUUUCCUCGGCUGGUCCUUCAUUAUUGGAGUCAUUGGAAGUGUCUUGACUAUUAUUGCGGCUAUUUUGUUCCUGGUUGAAGCUGAUGUUCAGAAGAAAAAAUUGCAGUAUUUCAAAGAAUCACAGACGCGGUUCCAAAUGGCCACUCCGACCGCUGUUAGUGAUUAG